UCAAGUGAUCUCUCACCUUCUCCCUCGUUUCUCCUUCAAACCCAAAAACCUACUAAAACUCCCACUCUUUUCCUCUCUUUCUCUGGCUGCUCCUUCCCAAAAUUCGACCACCACCACGCAGGCCUUCGCCUCGCCGCUGGCACGCCUCCCUUUGUCGCUGCUUCCGUUGCAGCCCUGCAUCGCGCCACCGCUACAGCCACAGCCACAGCCACAGCCACAGCCACAGCCACAGCCACAGCCACAGCCACAGCCACAGCCACAGCCACAGCCACAGCCGUGCCGCUACCGUAGCCUUGCUCUUUUAUCUUUCUUUCACGCGUAGCUAGGUUUUCUCUGCCCCAAUUGUUUCAUCGAAUUUCUUAGUGAGUUUGAGGUGUCAUGGAAGCUUUGAAGGUUUCAGAGGCUAAUUUGGUUGUGUAUCUUCACCCUUCAAAGACUAAAGCAGUUCCUGAAUCAAUCAAGCAUGAAAUUAGCUCUCUAUUAUUCAAGUUUGUGGACACGUUUGAUGGCGUAUUAUUGGCUUUUGAGAUUGUCGAUUAUCCAAAUAAACAUGGAAGAAUUUUAUCUGGGCUCCAACCUUAUGUUGCUGUUAGAAUAAUGGCCAAUCUUUUACUCUUUGCUCCAAAGCCAGAUACAUUUUUAGAAGGUAAAGUCGUGAAGGUUGCACAAGAGUCAAUACAUGUUGUUGUUCUUGGAUUUUCAGCAGCCAUUAUAACACAGGAAGAUAUUCGUGAUGAAUUUAAAUAUAAAAUUAAAAGUGGGGAAGAAGUGUUUCGGAGCACGUCAAAUAAGCGACAUAUAAUUAAAGUCGGAGCCAUGAUACGCUUCUUAGUCAAGAGUUUUGAUGAGGAAGUACUGCACUUAUCCGGUUCCUUGAUUCCACCGAGUACGGGCAGCAUAUGUUGGUUGACCAAGAAUCUACAAGAAGCUUCCUUAGCUAACAGGAAGCGGAGAGAAGUUGAAGGAAGAAAGGAGGAGCAUAGUAGUGGAACAGUUGAUAGAGGUGCAGUAUCUAAUGAUUAUCAUGUCUUGAAGAAAUCAAAGAAUCGAAGCGUCGAUCAAGAGUCCUAAAAGAUGCUAGAGUUUGGAGUUUCUUACAUUCUCAUGAUUGUAAUGUAAGUUACUUUCAUAUAGGAAUUUUGGCAGUAUUUAAGUGCAUUCAUUUUUCAUCUUAUGUUGUGGUUAGCAAAAUAUCCCCUACAACCAUUGUAAGUCUUUCUUGGUAUAACCAAAUCCCUAUAUAUCCGUGAAAAUAGUGUAAAAGUGAAUUUUAUAUUGCAUAAUCCCCAAAAGCCCACCCACCUAUUGUUCUGGAGAUGUAUUGCUACGUGGUACAACUAUUGUAUGAAAAUCUUCCAUGUUUUGGUGCUCAAA